AUGGCGGGGGAAUAUGAGGCAUGGACACAAGAGCAAUUAAUUGCAAGGAUACAUGAAUUGGAACAACAGGCGGGACAGACAACUUCUUCGAAUAAUGGCGUUUCCGCGACAAAUAUCGCUCCUGUAGCAGCCCAGGACACCCCCACAUCGAUACCUUUUCGCAAACCCCCAAAAGCGCCUCCCAAAGCCUUUGAUGCGUCAAAAUACAGCUCCCGACUAAUCGCGCUCAAGUUUGCGUACCUUGGCCAGAAAUACAAUGGUUUCGAACACCACAAGAACAACUCCACGCCAUUACCGACCAUUGAGGAAGAGCUAUGGAAAGCACUGGUGAAGACAAGGUUGAUCAACCCAAUACCAACGACUGGAGACACCGCAGACUACAACAAGGCAGAUAGGAAGACAUUUGCGACGUGGGACAGGGAGGGUGCAGAUGUCAACUGGGACGGUUGUGAAUACUCCAAAUGCGGCAGGACUGAUCGAGGAGUGAGCGCGUUCGGCCAGGUCAUCGGAGUGCGUGUGCGAAGCAAUAGACCUCUUCCAAAGCAACCCGCGAAAGAGCCAGAAAGCCAGGAAAACCCCCCAGCAGCUGAAGACGAACUCGAUAUCCUCGACAGCGAGCCAGACGCCGCCACCAAACACUUCAACGAGGUCACCGACGAACUCCCCUACAUCCAACUCCUCAACCGCGUUCUCCCACCCGACAUCCGCGUCUACGCAUGGUGCCCUAACCCUCCCGAAAACUUCAGCGCCCGCUUCUCCUGCAAAGAGCGUCGCUACAAGUACUUCUUCACCAACCCAUGUUUCGCCCCCGUCCCCGGCUCCGCUGGCACAUAUCACACUCCCUCCUCCCCCAUGCGCGAAGGCACGCUCGACAUCGCCGCCAUGCAGCUUGCGUGCGAAUCGCUAAUCGGCCUGCACGACUUCCGCAACAUGUGCAAGAUCGACGCAUCGAAACAACUCACAAACUUCAAGCGCCGAAUAUUCUACGCCGGCAUCGAAGAAGUCUCACCCUUAUCCGUGCCAAGUUAUCUCUCACAUGGUGCUAUUGCGCCGCCCGACCAGCCGAAGAUGUACGCCUUUGUCCUCCACGGCUCGGCUUUCCUGUGGCACCAAGUCCGCAGCAUCGUCGCGAUCCUGUUCCUCAUCGGCCAGCGCCUCGAGCCUCCCUCGCUCGUCCAGCAACUCCUCGACAUCGAAACCAACCCCACCCGCCCGAAAUACGAAAUGGCUUCCGACGCCCCGCUGGUACUGUGGGAUUGUAUAUUCCCGCACGCAGACGAAGUGCAGACUAGCGAGGAGCGCGAAACAGGGUAUCAAGAUCGUCUACAGUGGGUAUAUGUCGGUGACGAAGGCGGCGUCGAGCCAAAGAGCAAGACGUCGCCGAGUCUAGCGGGCCGCGGGAAGUGGGGACGAGGUAGGUGUUAUUGA